AUGUCAGCGAAUCCACCGAUGAAUCCACUGAACAUGCGCCGCGCCCUCAUAAGCGCUGGCCAGGAUUCCCGUUGGGCUCUGAUGGAUCGAAACACCAGGGUCGAGAAGAUCGAGAACACCAAGUUCUUGGGUGAUGCUCCCAAGGCUGCUCCAGAAUGCAAAUUGGCUUUGCCAGGCAACGCUGCUGCUGAGGACUUCAUUGACGACAAUGACAACACUACGAAGAAAACACUGGAUGACAUCAGGUCCAAGUACAACGUUUGGGUCAAGAUGAACCAUGGAGACCACUUCGUCACUCUCUCUGGUGAGAGCAUCAAAAGCUUGAAUUUGGCAAAGGAUGCACUGCGAGUUUUCUUGUUGGGAAUCAACCAGGACGUCCAAAAUAAAUUGAUCAUCCUCACCCACCACUCUAUUGCGGCGACCCAGGCUUAUGUUGAAAUCAAGCCAAACAAUCAUGACAGCUCGUCAUACCGACCUGUCGCGCUGGUGAUAUCAGCAGAGGAGGAUCUGAUUGACCUUUCCGAUGAUGCGGAGGAAGAGAAUGAGACCAACUUUCAGCAUGGCCUUGAUGGACAAGGCCCCGAUAGCGUUGCUGAUACUGACACCGUACUCAGCAACCUGAUCGGCGGCCUUGCGGAUCAAUUCGGCGUAGCCAUUCAGGAGACCGGUAAGCGUCUUCGCCCUGCUGCUGGCGAACUGCGAGUGAGAGCGCACAUGGGCGUCUUCACGGUCAAGAAGCGCCAGUCCAAGACAGACAAGUAUCAGUCCGACGAGGCGUUGAAAAAGUUCCUCAACAUGGGAGCCGACAGAGGCUACGUCUUUGUCGGUCACAAGCUUGGCAACGAGUCCUGGGCUGCUCGUAUGCUCGAGAUCAUCUACGAGACCGAGGACCUGGACAAUCCCACCACUGCCGAAUUCUUGGCGGUGGACCCUACGGCUCUCUCCCUCCGAGAUAUCAAGCCCAAGUUCACCCUGGUGCUUUUCGCAAAGGAUCUCAAGAUUGAGGUGGACGUCACGUACGAUGCCAAGUAUCGUCCAUGCCCGGAGACCGGCAGCGUGCGUGCGUUCUCCUUCAACCGAGACAAGGUUGCCGAGGUUGCCGUAUCUUGCCCCAAUAGGAAGUUUGACUGGCACCUGUCAGUCGAAGCUGAGAGCCCCAAAAGCCGAAUCCCUGCGGAGGUAUUCGACUUCAUUGCUCGCGGCCUCAAGUUCAAGCGCCCAAUCCCCACAAAGUCAGAAAUCGACGACGAUUUCCCGUUCACAGAGGUGAACGCUUACUUGCUUCGUGCCGCGAGCAUCGACAACAUUGCCUGCAAAGUCUUCUGGACCUUUCAGACUGCCAAUGCCCCUUACUGCCUUGAGGUAUCAGUCUAUCACGAGUGGGGCGCUGGUUUCUUCCAGGAAACCAAUCCUAUCUACCCUUGGAAUGCACUGAACACCGCUGCUGUCCCACGGCCGAUUAAGUCUUGCGGGAUUUCCCUUUACGGACAAGAUUGGGACCACAAGAUACGGGACAUCAACAAACCGGGAGGAGGACGGCAAGCUGAUUUUGCCAAUGGAUUUCCCGAUUUAUUCGUCAACGAGGAUUCCAGCUCCAGCAUUGAACAAUUCUUGCGGGAAAUGCAGCGUCUGCAUGAUUUCACAGAGUUGGCUAGUGUGGCAGCAAUGACUGAGCCGGUUCCACCCCUUGCAGAGUCGGCCAUGGCCUAG